CUCAUUCUUUUUUAUGAUUUAUAAGAUAAGAAUAGCAAAAAUAUGAUAAUAGUGCUCCAAGCCUUUGGUCUAAGUCACCAAAAAUAUUAUCUCUUGGACAAACAUAUUAUCAUUGAGUUGAAAAUCGUGCAUAUCACUUUGGUUGUAAAAGAAAAAAAAGUGAUAACUUUGUAGUAAAAAAGUGGUUUAUUUCAAAAUUAUAGUGCUAUCUGACAUAUAAGUAGAAUAAAGAUAAAAAUUUUCUGACACAGAGCCAAGUUUUGAUUGGAUGGGUUGCUUCUUGGAAGUGCACCUUGCCCUUUAAUUUGUUCUUUCCACAUAUAAUAUAAUAAUAUAUUGCCACUUCAAUGCUUUUGGGAAGUCGCUCAAAGCACUGCUGGAUCAUGUGACUGGUUACUGAAUGUAGACCCGAGAAUGAUACUCCGAUCGAUUUAAUUUAUAUCUAGUUUUAACUUAAUAUAAAAUUUAUAUAUACAACAAAGGAAGAAUGCAUUGUAUCUGAAAUAAACUUAAAAGAAAAGCAUGAAAAUAAAUUGAAAUGGAACAAGUGUAUUCUUCAGAGGAUUAAAGAACACUUAAUACUCCAGAUAAAAGUUGUAUUUCUUGUUACAUAAUAAGACUUGCCUAAGUAUGAACCAAUCUACGAGUUCUAAUGGUCCAUAUGUCAUGUGUUUAUUCUAUCUAGUACACUAAACUAUUUUAAUUUAUUUAUUUGACACGAUUAAGGCUAUGUACACAUCAACCUUUUUAGAUUUCGCUUGUGAACUACACACGGAUUUUUUUAUUGUUGUUAUAUACAGAUGAAGUUACUAGUUUAUUCUUCUUUCUUUUGGUACAUUAUUAGAAAGCAGAGUAGGCAGGUUAUUACUUAACAGUAAUCAAAAGUAUCCACUUCAUUAGAAUAUUUGUUUGCACUUUGUGUUUUAUACAAUGUUGCCUUUCGGUAAUACUUUAAGUGAGCUUAUUUCAGGUUCCAUACCAUAGUGGGGAUCUAAAGUGGUGUAUCUCAGAGAACAGGAAGAUGGUGCAAAGGUAGUGAGAGUUAAAAAUCUGAACAAUCCGUAUUGUAUCAACCCUAAUUGGAGAUUCAAGCUCACACUGAACAAACUUUAUGCGUGGAGCCUCGUGGAUUAUGACAGGGUUGUCAUGCUUGAUGCAGAUAACCUUUUCCUCCAGAAAACUGAUGAACUGUUCCAAUGUGGCCAGUUUUGUGCUGUCUUCAUCAAUCCCUGCAUCUUCCACACUGGUCUCUUCGUCUUACAGCCAUCAAAAAUGGUGUUCAAUGACAUGAUUCAUGAGAUAGAGAUUGGGAGGGAAAAUCAAGACGGUGCAGACCAAGGUUUUAUUGGAGGUCACUUCCCUGAUUUACUUGAUCGGCCGAUGUUCCACCCUACUCUUAAUGGUACGCAGCUCCAGGGAAGUUACAGGCUUCCUCUAGGAUAUCAAAUGGACGCGUCUUAUUAUUAUCUCAAACUCCACUGGUCGGUACCUUGUGGACCUAAUAGUGUCAUUACAUUUCCUGGUGCUCCAUGGUUAAAACCAUGGUAUUGGUGGUCAUGGCCUGUCUUACCUUUGGGCAUCCAGUGGCAUGAACAGCGACGUCUAACUGUUGGGUACGGUGCUGAGAUGAUAGCAGUACUGAUCCAAUCUAUAUUCUACCUAGGAAUAAUUGCAGUGACACGCCUAGCACGCCCAAAUUUAUCAAAGUUGUGCUAUCGCCAUGAUGAUAGCAAGAGUGCCUUGUUACUACGAACUGGCCUUAAAUUGAUUGCGAUAUGGUCUAUUCUUGCUGCCUACACAGUUCCUUUCUUCGUGAUUCCAUGUACAGUUCAUCCACUAGUUGGCUGGAGUCUCUACUUACUCGGCUCUUUUUCACUAUCAUGUAUAACAGUGAAUGCAUUUCUUUUGCCGAUGCUACCUGUUUUAGUGCCAUGGGUUGGAAUCCUUGGGGCACUUUUAGUGAUGGCUUACCCUUGGUACAACGACGGUGUUGUAAGAGCAAUGGCUGUAUUUACAUACGCCUUUUGUGCCUCCCCAGCAUUAUGGAUGGCAUUGGUUAAAAUCAAGUGCUCUCUUCAUGUUUCACUUGAGAGGGAAGGAUUCUUGCCCAAGAUAAGUGAAUCUACAGCACCUGCUGGUUCUAACAAACUCUAUUGAAAUUCGAUAAGUUGAAGCAAUCAACAGGAGAACUAAUACUUCAGAAACAUCUCCAAACUUUUUGCUUGGGAGACUUGGAGUCUGCGCUUGCUGCUUCAGUAUGUGCUCUUAAUUAGGAACGAAUUCUGUGAGUGAGUUUAGAAUUGGGAGUAUGUUUGUGUUGUACAUGAACCAUCUCUGGUCUCUUGAAUGCUACUCCACGAAAAAGAUUAUUUCUGUUGCUAAAAUGUAUGUGUAAUAGGUUUUUCAAAAUUUAUUCAUGGAUUUACGGUGAAA